UGCUACGCGAAGGAAGAAAACACGCUUGGUUGAGAGCGCGCUGUCACAGGGGGAGGGGGGAGAGAAUCUGGCUAUUUAAACUGCAUGCAUUCGGGGGGGAGCUCCUGAAGUCAGUAGCCCAGCUGAAGACAGAUCUCCAGAGCAGUGCAAGAUCCAGGAACCGUCCGACAACGAUCUGACAAAGAUCCAAAAUCGUUUUCUCUACCGCUGGAGCCUGGAACUGAUGGCAGAGAAUGUCAACGAAUAAUAAUAUAGCACAGGCCAGGAAACUGGUGGAGCAACUCCGCAUUGAAGCAGGGACUGAGCGCAUCAAGGUGUCGAAGGCGGCAGCGGACCUGAUGAAUUACUGCGAGCAGCACGCUCGUAACGACCCCCUGCUGGUAGGCGUGCCCACCUCCGAAAACCCCUUCAAGGACAAGAAGCCUUGCAUCAUCCUAUAGCUCCGCCCCUGACCACGCCCCCGCAGCGGGCUCUGGGGAUCUCCAAUCAAGACCAACUGCAGCAACAACACAAGUCAUUGGACGAAGGGAAAAUAUCACUUUAUGUUGAGUUUCGAUAGUGGGAAUCUAAACACACACACAAAUAUAUAAUAAUACAAUUUGCUGAAAAGGUGAAGGUGUGUUUUGGGAAAUCAAACGGGUUCAUGUUAGUGCUAGAAAAGGAUAAAUAAAAUGAGGGCGGGUCGUUUUUCUUUUUUAAAGUGAAAAUAUUCCGAUGAUAAUUUUUAAAAAGCAUGUGGUUUUUCAGCUGGGGGCGGUGCUGAUCCAGGAAGUUGUUUCGUUCCGAUCAGGGCCAAGUGGGGGAAGAACCCUCCUUAUCGCAGAGCUAGUUGGGUCAGAUUAUGAUUUGGUUGCUUCGCGUUCAGUUCUUUUCUCCGUUAGUUUGUUUUGCACGUAGCUUUUUUGUGAAAGUGUAUUGCCAAACUGUCGAAGAUGCAGCAUCCCUUUUUAAAAGGAACUUGAGAGAGUGGUAACACGUUGCAGCGUGCGCCUCUGAAAGUCAUGGCAGUCACUGCUUCUGUGCUCUAAAGAGUCACACACUAAUUCAAAUGGAAUCAACCCCUUUUUAAUAUAUAUGUGAUGGUAAUAAGAAUAAUAAUGAUAAUCCCUAAGAGAAAAACAAAAGCCGAAACUUAAAAACCUGAAUUGACUCGACGAGGUGCUUCCUGUAAAGUGCUGCCUGUAUCAUAACACCUUAUAUCUUGUGAAGGAUGAAACUGGGGUUAGUUUUAUAUUUGACUAGUUUUUUAGUUGUUGGAUGUAACGCAGUGAAAUCCGCAUUCAUCAUAAUCAAUAUUAUGCUGUUUUUAUUAUGCUAUUGAUUCAAGCAGAUGGUACCCUCUAGUCCUGUUGAUAUAUACUGGAUUUUUAUGUAUUUUUUAAGCAGUUUUUGGAACCCCCCCACAGACACACACACACACACACACACACACACAAAGUGCAAUUCAGUGCUGAGUGCAUUUAGCAGUUUGAAACCUUACCCCUCUGGUCUGCCAUUCCAGUUCCAGCCCAAAUCAAACCAGAAGUCAUUUCAACAUGAUGCUAUUAGGGGGGCCCUUUUGAAAUGAGUUCUGGUGGUUCUUAACAAGACCUUAAUGGGCAGGAGCCCCACGUCAUAAAACCAGCAUCGCAGUCCUAGGCAUGGUGACGAGACCGGGGGGGGGGGGGUGCACUAAAACCAGCAGCACAGCGGGCAUGGAUAGGCUGUCUGAAAAGCUGGUGAUUGCAGUGGGAAUGAACUACCCUCCCAUACCCUGAUAGGUGGGGCAGCAGCGUGGGGGCUAAACUUUUUUUUUUUCUUCUCUUGAGCACGAUGAAAAAGUCGUGCUUAGUUGCCCAGUUCAAAUUUGAAUUCAAAAUAUGCCGUCACCCAUUUAUUCCCCUCGCUAUGUGCUUCAUGCCACGCUCCGCUGCAGCUCUGACGUGAAGACCAUCAAAUAUUAAAGCAUCAAGCGACUUUUUUUUUACUGCACAGACUUCCGUCCUCAAGCCUCUGCAGUAAUUAAACUCCACCAAAAAAAUAAUAAUAAUAAUAACAAUUCAAUCCCCGUUUUCUGUUUUUCAAGUCCCACUGUUUCAUUGCAGAUAUUAAUUGUUCUUAAAGUGUAAAAGCUUACCUGACAGAUGCUGCUCGGACCGAGGGUUGCUGUUCCCGAUAGCAGGAUGUUCAGAGUCAUAAUGAAGACUGAAAUGUGUUUCGUUUAUUCAUAACAAGGCUGCCACUGAUCUGCAGGUAUUCAGGUGUAAGUGAGUCUGCUUCCCAAGACAACAGUUCACAUAAGAAAGCUGCACAGACACAGGUUGAAUCCCACAUGUCUCCCAGUUAGUAGUAAGGAUGAUACCUUUAUAACCAUGUAACACUAUGUUAUAGCAUAGCAUAGCAUACCAUAGCGAUUUCAUUUAUAUAGCGUGCUAUAGUGCAAGAAUCCUAGAGCGCUUUACAAAAAAAUAAACAGCAAACCAAAAGAGCUCCAAACAGUGAAAGGCCAAAUCAAAAAGAU